AUGUCCUUGUACGGCCUGCUGAAGGAGUACAUUCCGCAAUCUAUUCAGCAUGCUACUGAGCCCAUGCAGAUUUGGCAUCCCGGGGUUACGCCGUUCUCCACGCUCAAGUCUACAAUGAUCAUGUCGGCAUUGUACUUGAUUAUAGUGCUGGGUGGCCGCGAAUUUAUGCGCAACAGGCCUCCGGUCUCCUCCAAGCUGCUGCGCACCCCCUUUUUGGUGCACAACAUUCUCCUUUCGCUUGCUAGUGGUCUGCUGCUUGCACUUUAUUUGGAGGAAAUGCUCCCGUAUGCGAAGAAGUACGGCUGGCACGACAGUAUCUGUGUGUACGGCGCUACGUCGUCGCGCAUGACUUUGUUUUACAUUAUCAACUACUACUUCAAGUACUGGGAGUUUGUCGACACUUUCUUCCUUGUUGCGAAAAAGAAGCCGCUCAUGUUCCUGCACGUUUAUCACCACGUCGCUACCGCGUUCUUGUGUUGGACGCAAAUUGUGGGUCGUACCCCCAUGGCGUGGGCUAUUAUUUGCUUGAAUCUUUUCGUGCACGUCAUUAUGUACGCGUACUAUGCCGCCUCCAGCGUUGGCAUCCGAUUCCCUUUCAAGAAGCUGAUUACGCUGAUGCAAAUUGUGCAAUUCUUUGUGGACUUGUACAUUUGCUACUACGGAACAUACAACCACUACGCUACUUACUUCUUUCCCUGGCUGCCGCACCGUCACUGCGACGGCGACCACAUCUACGCAUGGACAGGCAUCGUGAUUCUUUCCAGCUACCUCGUCCUGUUUAUUUUCUUCUACAGGUCCACCUACAACAAGGCGAAAAAGGGCGACGCAAAGAAGGCAAACUAA